CUCUUCCCAAGGAAGAAUCUCCUUUUCUCUUUCUCUUUUUUCUUACCUCUUUCCAUCAUUUUUAUGCAUUGUUUUCUUAACUCAAUUUUUGAGUCUCUUUUGUUAGAUGAUGGCAGUGACCCUUCAUUAUUCUCUUGCUUGUGAUAUAACCUUAGUGUUAAUCACAUCCUUUUUACUACAAACUUCAAAAUUCAAUCAAAAAACCUCAUUUUCCACUGCUUAAAUACCACAUAUUUUUCAUAAUUCUUGCACCUAAGAAAACUUCAAGGUUCAAGAAAAUAAUUAUAGAAGUUGGAAGAGUUAACGAAGGUUCUAAUAUGACUACUACUAAUACUGUUUUGCAUUCUGAAGUUCUUCAUAAUCUCUGGAUGUCCAAUUCUUCCCCCUCUUUUCAUGGGCCUACAUCAAUGGUUAACUUCGAAGAUGGUGGAGGAGAAAUUAGUAAAGAGAGGUCAUUUUUCUCACCAAUUGACAAAGAAGAAACUAGCAAUGAUGACUAUGAUAGUUGCUUUCACCGGCCAGAGAAGAAAAGAAGACUUUUGCCAAAUCAAGUGCAGUUUCUUGAGAAGAGUUUUGAGGUAGAUAACAAGCUGGAACCAGAGAGGAAAGUUCAAUUGGCUCAAGAACUUGGCCUACAACCUAGGCAAAUUGCUAUUUGGUUCCAAAACAGACGUGCUAGAUACAAGACUAAACUACUUGAGAAAGACUAUGAUGUUCUCAAAGCUAGCUUUGAUAAACUGAAGGAUGAUUAUGACACCCUUUUCAAAGAGAAUGAGAAUUUGAGAAAUGAGGUUGAUUUGCUGAAAGAAAAAUUGCUUGAGAGGGAGAAAGGGAAGGAAAAUUCAGAACAAAGUGAACCUAUUAAUCCAGUCGAUGCAGAAGCUCAAAAGGCAACUCCAAUUGUUGUUACCUCAGAAGUGCCAAGUAUACAAAAGGUAGAAUGCAAACAAGAAGAUGCAAGUUCAGCUAAAAGUGAUGUUAUUGAUUCAGAUAGCCCACAUUAUACUGAUGGGAAUCAUUCUUCAAAUGCAUUUGAACCAGAGCCAUCUGAUUUUUCUCAAGAUGAAGAUGACAAUUUAAGCAAGAGCUUUUUAUGCUUCCCUGAAAUUGGAGAUCAAAUUCAAGCUAAUUCAUGCAAUUUGGGAUUCCAAAUUGAGGAUCAGCCUUGUUGGUUCUGGCAAUAUUAAUUUUUCAACUUCAAGAUUUGGCUCAAUCCUUUAAGGGCUCAUUUGGUACGAGGGAUAAUUAAUCCCGAGAUUAAAUUUGAGAUUGAUUUAUUCCGUAUUUGGUUGGGAUAAAAUCGUGGUAUAAUUAAUUUCGGGAUUGUAGUGUUUUUUAUCCUUAUGGAAAGAUGAACAACUAAUCCCGAGAUAAUUAAUCAUGAGAUAACUUGUUUCUAACCAAACGAUCACUUAAUGUUCCAAGGCAGUUGCUAAAUUUCCUUUGUAGUUUUACACUAUAUUAAUCAAUAAUAUGUUUGUAUAUAGGAUUACUAGUAGUUAACUAAUUGAGGUGUCUUUAUUACUAGCUUGUUUCAAAAAAUGUUGUGAUUGGCCUUUU